ACGACCCUCGGAAAAAACAUUGCUAUUAUUAUUUUAUUUUUUUUAACACUAACACUCACUUAACUACAAUGCUGUAGUAUUUGAGCUCAAUUUGAAAACUUGCAUUUUUGUAUUCUUCGUAAACAUGUUCGCCGUCUGCGAGCGUCGCUAUGGUGACAAGAGGGACGCUAAUGUUUAAAGGGAAAUGUAGUCCAUAUAUGUACUUCUGGCGCGGCAAACAUGGUUAAAUGACUUCACUACCCACAAUCCUUUGUGCUACCAUUUGAUGCGAGUCAUGGUUAGAAUGCUUCUUCUUUGAUGCCACAACUUAAAAUAAUGGCCACCGCGUUAGCAGCUCAGGAUCGUCACCUGUCAAGGUGUACGAAAGCUGGCCAGACAUCUGAAGCCAAGAUGCGCUUGAAGAAGGAGGACCUCGGACCCUGGAGGAAGCGAGUUGGGGAGGCCUCGGCGUUCGCUCUGUCCGAAGUCUUUCUCCCCAACAAAGGCCGCUCAGGGAGUCUGGCCGAGGCGCUGCGGAGCUUGGAGCAGUGGAGGGACGAGGACGACACCAACACUGAAGCUCAGCUGCUUCUGGCCGACUGGCUGGACAGGACCUUGCAGCUGGAGCUGGAAGGCGAGAAGAAGGACAGGAUGGGCGGGAGCUGCGCCGCACCGACUCCCAACUUGAAGUACAACAACUUUGACGAUCUAUACACGCACCUGGACGAGGAGGAAGAGCACCGCGCCGUCAGCAACUUCCUGCACGACCUGCAGGAGCAGGAAAUGCUGGACGCUCGCACCAUGGAGCAGCUGACACAGGACGGCAGGCACAGGAAGUUCAACGACCCCGUGGUCACCAUGCAGGUGCGCCACCAGCAGGUGCGCGAGAAGAGAGCCCGGCGGGACGCAGCCGGCGAGGAGGCCCGGAGGAGAGAGCGGGAGCUGGAGGAGAGGAGGAAGAGGCAGGAGGCCAGGAGGAGGCAGGAGGAGAUGGUGCAGCAGGAGAUCGUCCGACUGCGGAGGCAGAGGGAGGAGAGGAAAGGCCUGGAACUGCUGCUGAGGCGGAGGGAGCGUCUGGAAGGUCAAAGAACAGCCAGGAGCCUCCAACCAGCUCGUCCGUCCCCCACAAUGCAUCAGGAUAAAAAGCCGCCGCCAGCGGAUGCAAAACGACGGCAGGAAAAGAGGGUUGAGAUCUUUGUUCACCUGCGCAAGCUGAAGUGUCAGCGCCGGCACUUCUCCCGAUGGUACUCGCUGGUGCUGGAGCGGAGGCUGCGUGUGGGAAAGGCCAAGGCCUUGUGUGACUGGAGGCGGCAGCUGAGAGCCUGGCGAGGGUGGCGGGCCGUGGCGUGGACCCAGAGGAACCAGCGAGAAGCCUUGAGGGCCCAGGAGGCGCUGCGAACAGAAAACAGGCGAUGCCAGCUGGCUGCCGAGAGCGACCGCAGACGGUUGCUACGGCGAUGUCUGCACGAGUGGCGGCUGCGGUGCCGGCUGGAGCGAGACAAGCGGGACCUGUUGGCCCAGCAGCACCAGACCCGGAUCAAGAUGGCCGCCCUGAUCAGCGCCGCCUCCACGGGCCGACUCCCAACCCCCGACAUGUUGGACGCCCUGGUAGAACUCCACGAGCAACCAACGAGUCGACACUCUCAACCCCGGCAGCGGGUUCAACGCCGCCGUGCGGCGCUGGAUAAGCGCCGGCCGGGCCCAGAGGAGGACCUGACCUGCCCAGAGGAGGACCUGACCCUCCCAGAGGAGGACCUGACCCUCCCGAAGGACCUGCAGGGAGGCCACUUCCAGCACCGCCACGCGGCCCAGAAGAAGAUCAUCCUGCAGCAGAGGAAGCGUCUGAAGGAGCAGCAGGAGGAGAUCGCUCAGCUCAAGCAGGACAAGGUCACGUCCACCUGGGAGGACAAGAGCAGCAGAGCGCCAACACAAGCAGCAAAAGCUGACAGCCUCCAUGAAUCUGCAAAGAAAGAUGUGACACGCCAGACAAAACCUCAUCCAAUCAUCACAGCCAUGGAGGAGCGAGCCCGUGCUCGUGCUGAGAGGAGGAAGCAGGUGGAGGAAGUGCAGAGGCUCAAGCAGGAGGAGAGAGAGGCGGAGAUGCAGGCUGCGAAGGAGCAGAAGCUGAGGGAGGAGGAGAUGGAGAAAGUGAAGAAGAGGGAGGAGAAAAAGUUGGCCGUAAUUAAGGAGGAGGAGAAGCGGAGGCGGAGCAGGAAACAUCAGCAAGCGGUGGAGCGGGCCCGCCAACACUACAACACCCGCCUGUUAGCCCAGCGAGGUCUGUCGCCAUGGAAACGCCUGAUGGAGCUCAGGCAGGCCAACUCCGAGCUGGCGUGGACUCAUCACACCGCCGCCCUCCUGAGGCGAUGCGUGCUGGCGUGGAUGCAAACAGCUGCAGACACACGGGCCCGGAAAGAAGCUGCCGCCCAACAACUCCAUCAGAGGCUCCUGCUUCGGAGGAGCUUCACCUGCUGGAAGAAACUGCAGGACCAGCGCCUGCUGCAGGAGCAGAAGGCCGACUCGUUCCAGCGCGCCCACACUCUCAGGAGGUUCCUGCACGCCUUGAUGGACCAGGUGGUCCAGGAGAAGUUGCUGGAGCAGGAACGUCAAGACAUGGCCGAGGAGCACCACCACAGAGCGGCGCAAUGGCGAGCUUUCCAGGCCUGGAAGCGGCUCCCGCACGUGCAGCGCAAGGAGCGAGAGAGGGAGCAGCGGCGGGAGAGACUGGGCCGCAAAGUGAUCGAGGUUCUGCCCGAUUUCGGCUCUCGUCCUCAGUGACGGCUCCGUGGUGCCACACAAACGCCUCAGUGACAUAACACAUUAUCACAAGGGACCACCAGCCAGGUCGGCCAUGGACAGGAACCCCAGACCUCGGGCCCACCGGCAGGGCAAGCGGCAGGUCUUAGACAGAAGUGCCCGGCAGAGCACAAGGCACGGGAGAAGCAGAGACAGCCAGCCCCCAAGCCAACAACAUGUUAGCCAGGAACGAUCCGCCGGACAAAAACAAAUUAAACUUGUUCAGACUCAAGAAGACGGAGCAAGUGGUCCGGAACUAACCAAGAUAGUGAGGGAAAUAACACUGUUUUUUUUU